UGCCAGUGACUCAGUGAUGGCGUACGGUACACCAACACCAGCUGUUUUAUCCCCUAACCUACGUCUCCUCGUCAUCACUAAAAUAUUAUAAAAUAAUAAUAUUAAUUAACCAACUAAUAAUCAAAGUGUCACCGCAAUUCCAAUAAACUCACAUCGAUCCUCGCAACUAAUUCGUAAUCAACCCCAGAGCCAUCUCAACUAUCGCUUGAAAAUUCUAUAAUUAUUCCUGUCUAAAUGAACCACCAAUUGUCAUUUAGUUAUGAAACGUCUUAUAGGCGUUUACUUCCGGUGAAUUGCCUCAAGAAAAUCACAUAAAACCUCGAGAUUGUGAAUAUAUUUUUUCCUUUUACUUUUUCUGUGAGUGGGCAGAUGCCUCAUCACAUUUGAGACCUAUUUUGAGUGAUAAAACGUCCAGAAAACUCUCACAUCUAAUUAUCAAAGAGUGAUAAUUACACUCCGAGGAAAACACAAAAAUUAUUUGAUCCUGAAAUAAAUCCUGACAUCAAGGAUGUGCCUGGAAAAUCUUUGGUCCGGCGUCUGCGCUUUGUCAUGAGUGUGAUUCACUAGGUGAAAGAGACUUUAUCAGAAUAUCGGAGAAGAAGUGCCAUAAUCUGGAAAUUUAUUGAAGAAAGGGAUUGAGUGGAUGAACCAGUUGAAAAAUGUUGAAGGGCAAUCAGAAGGAUUUUAGUCAAAGCUCUGGCAGAUAUUCCCUGUUAAAUUCAGGUGCUGCAAGGUCAAAGGAUUCUCAAGUGCAUGGGUCUGGUAUCCCAGUGCCUCGGGGUUAUAAAAUUGACAGUAAAAUUGUUAAGACUGAAAAAAAUCGGUUGAAAUUAAUUCUCCGUAGUCCUGAGCAGGAGACUAUGACUGAUGAACAUGGGGAGAAAGAGGAGAGAAUCACCUCUCAGGCUUCUCUGGAAACGAAAAUAAAAGUGGAAUUUCAAGGGGAUAGGGUGUCACGGAUUGAACGAAAGGAGGAAUUGCCGUUGCGUCGAGGAAAACAGCAGUCGAGUUUUCUCAACCCGGAUAAGCCGGACUUACCGGUGUACCCACGUUUUCCCAUCAGUAUAACACCGACAUAUCAACUGUCCACUGAUCACCACCAAGAUUCCACCCUGACAUCAAAAAAUUUCACCACUACAAUACGAUGCAAGUACAAAGAGGGAGAUAAUGUGAUGGAUUCCACUGAGCAAGAAGCAAAUCAGAAAAUUUUUUCACAAUCCAGUAGAUGCUACGAGGAGGAGGGCAGCAGUGAUGAUGACAUCAAGGGUGAGGACUCCUCUGAGGGGAAUAGACUGUCCUCUCUUUAUCAUGGGACUUGGCCUGUCAAACAUAAUACGUGGACUGCACAGGGAUUUUCGGGUCAAUCGGCCAGUAAUAGUCAUGAGAUGGCGAGUGUAAUGUCCUUCUCCUCGGGGAGUGGCUGUUCAGUGGGUCUCCAAGGUCACCGUCGUCUAGGUGCGAAGGUUGACGUAGUGUACAGCCUCCUGGGGAUGUUAGGCAGUACAGAGGGCCGAGAGGACAUGUCCGGUACUCUCCUGGCAAUGAGUAACUCAAUCGACAGUUGCCUGGUGAUGCGGCAGUCCGGUUGUCUUCCCCUACUAGUGCAGCUGAUCCACGCCCCAGGACAAGACCCCGAGACACGUGAACGCGCCUCCCGAGCUCUUCAUAACGUAGUGCAUGCCAGGACAGAUGAGAAAAUAGGUAGACGCGAGGCUAGAGUACUUCGACUGCUGGAGCAAGUGAGGGAUUACUGCCAGGUGUUGAGGACAUCUCUGGAGACAGAACGACCACCAGACGAUCUGGAGAGGCAUCCAGGCCCAACAAUAGCUGCUCUCAUGAAAUUAUCCUUCGACGAGGCCCACAGACACGCCAUGUGUCAACUGGGUGGUCUUCACGCUGUCGCUGAACUCAUAGAGAUGGAUCAUGCAGCUCAUGGCACUGACUCUGACGAUCAGAGCUGCAUAACCCUGAGGAGAUACGCCGGCAUGGCCCUCACCAAUCUCACCUUUGGUGAUGGUAACAAUAAGGCGUUGUUGUGCUCAUUCAGGGAAUUUAUGAAAGCACUUGUCACUCAGUUGAGGAGUCUCAGCGAUGAUUUGAGACAGGUGACAGCAUCUGUCUUGAGGAAUCUCUCGUGGCGCGCUGACUCCAGCAGCAAACAAACACUUCGUGAAGUUGGUGCUGUGAUGGGACUGAUGAGGGCUGCCAUGGAGGGGAGAAAGGAGUCGACGUUGAAGUCAAUUCUGUCAGCCCUCUGGAAUUUAUCUGCCCACUGCAGCACCAAUAAAGUUGAUAUAUGUGCUGUUGAUGGGGCACUGGCUUUUCUGGUUGACAUGCUGAGCUACAAAGCACCCUCUAAGACCCUUGCUAUCGUGGAAAAUGCUGGGGGAAUACUGAGGAAUGUAUCGAGUCACAUUGCAGUGAGAGAGGAUUAUCGUGUGAUUGUCAGGGAACGUGGCUGUCUCCAAGUGCUUCUUCGACAAUUGAGAUCACCUAGUUUGACUGUUGUCAGUAAUGCUUGUGGUGCGCUCUGGAAUUUAUCAGCAAGAUGUCCUCAUGAUCAGAGACUUCUGUGGGAUCUUGGUGCUGUACCCAUGCUCAGGAGUCUUGUUCAUUCCAAACACAAGAUGAUAUCAAUGGGAUCAUCAGCUGCACUCAAGAAUCUACUGAGUGCACGACCUGGUGGCAGUAAUCUUGUACAUCUUGAUUCAACUGCUCGUGGACUUGGAUUACCAACUCUGCCAACUCUCAAUGCCAGGCGACAGCGAGCACUGGAGCAGGAGAUUGAUCAAAAUCUCUCGGAGACGUGUGAGAACAUCGAGCCUAGCACAUCACCAACGACAAAGGACGACAAGUUCUUGUUCAAGGAGAGCAGUGAUAGUGCAUCGAAGAGGAAUUGUGCGACUGUAUCGUCAAGGUACAAUGGAGUACCUAGGAGUGAAAGCAGAGAAUCCAUGAGAUCUGUCACGAGUACACAUUCAGACACGAUCUUUGAGAGAGUUAAUCGUCAUGUUAUCAACGGAUUUACACCGACUGAGAUGCAGAUUAAACAGCAAUCGUCGUCUCUUCAUGGUGCAACGGGAUUCAAUGGACAAGGAACGAGAGAUCACAACAAGACGAGUCAGUUGGAGAAGAAAUACGCCCUGAAGUACAAGAAUUCCAUUCCAGAGAGGCUUAGACCGACAGACUUGGGUAUCACUGGAUCCACAAUAUCGUGGACAACGGGACCUGAUCAGGAGUCUGUCUGCUCCUUCCUGAGGACAUCCAUCGAGAAGAAAUUGUCGACUGCUUCAGGUGGUCAAUCAGGAAGUGAAUGCAGCUUUACAAAGAUCAAAACUCCAAGUCCAAUAUCACCAGUCGAUGGUGCCAAUUUCAGUGGUACUUUUGACGUUGGAUUCAUCAACAAGCCAAUUAUCUCUCCCACAUCGUCUCACACGUCUGAAGGUGAUCCCUUUGGUAAUUACGCUGAGACAGAUCUCGAUCAGCCAACGAACUACAGUCUUCGUUAUGCUGAACGUAAUUCUGAUGAGGACGAGAAACAGAGCUCUGGAUAUUUUGCUGGGAGUGAACAGGAUAUAGAGGACACUGUGAAGACAUACUGCACCGAGGGUACACCAUAUGGAACCUCCCUCAACUCCUCGAGAGCUGCUUCACACUCGGAUCUCCAGGAUGAUGGCAGAAGACACGAGAGAGACUCGUCUCUCAGACCUAUGCCAAAGCCAAGGAGUUAUGCAGAGAGAGUUGAUGAAAAACACUUGUCUCUAACUGUCAAACCCAUCAUUAUACCCACCAACUCCAUGGAGACUCACUCAGAUAUUGAUUCAGGUGUUCCUGUGGAGGAAGACGAGACAGACACGACUGAGGAUGCAAUAAUUGUUGAGUCAACGAUCACACGGUUGACUUCACUCGUUGUCGAUGAAGAAUCCAAGGUCUCGAGUGACAGAAGACCCAGAGAGCCAAAAGCCAAGAGACUGAAUUGUGGAGAACCGGAGAGUCUCACUGAAUCAAUGGUCAGCGAUGGUGAGGAUGAUGAUGAGGAUUUGCUGGCUGCAUGCAUUCAUGUUGGAAUGCAGAAUAAUCGGCACAGACAAUCAUUCAGAAGGGACAGUCUUGAUAAAUCCAGGGAGACUAAUUUAGUCAGAUAUCAAACGAGUACUGUCUUACAUCAAGUUGACAAUAACCCAUUGUCUGAGGUGAACAGCCAGGAAGAGUCGAGGAUUGCGUGUGAGGAUGAGAAAAAUCCUCGGAAUGAAGGGACUGUGACAGCAGAGAGACAAGAAAAUCCUGGGGAAAUGAAAUCAGAGAAUCCAGAUGCUAUUGGUCCUGAGAGCAUCGACUCUUACGACUCGGUGGAGAGAUCAGAGCAAGUGCUGUUGGAGUUCUGCAUAAAAUCGAGUUCUGGGAAUGUCGAGACGAUUGGAUUGAGCGAGCCAUCGUCUCCCUCUGAGAAUGUGGAUGCAGCUCAGACUGAUGGAUCAUCAGUAUCAAAGACCAAGAUGAUUUGUCCAGAUGUUCCACUGGAAGACGUCCACGAGGACGAAUAUCGACGUCAGCGUGAUCCAGAUGCUAUGAUUGCAUCGUUAGAUCGAUUGACAGCGACUCUCGUUCAGCAAACUGAAGCCAUGAGAGAACGUGAGUCAUCAGCGAUGAAGCAGAGCAUUCAGAGUGACACCUGGAAUGAAGACUCACCCAAUGACAACUCAUUUCCAACAAUCAGCAUGAGUGUUCCUCUAGUUGCUUCCUUCAAGAGUGAUACUGAGGACAUGCAGACAUCAAAAAUCUCCUACAACGAUCACAGCAGCAUGACAACAUCAAAAAUAAUCGAGCAAGAGGCAUUCAGACUCGCUGAAGCUGUCAACGCUGAGUUGAGAGUAAUGAGUCUAACGAAUCAGGAUCUCGAUUCUAUAAAACCACCAUCAACCAUGAACAGCUUGAUAUCACUGACCAACAGCUACGCAGGUCCUGAAAUUCCGGGGAAUUCAGUGAUUCGUGAUCACACAACGUCGACUUCUCUUCCGUCAGCUCUUUUCAAGACUCGGGGUAGUAGAAAAAAAUCAUUGCCUGUUGGAAUAAUGGCUAGACGAGCACUUGGACAGACCCAGAGUCAGAGUCUUGAGAGUCUUCUCAAUGACAGCUCACAACUUGAUAAUGUAAAGCCACCAUCGAUGAUGGAUGAACUCCUGGACACUGGUGACAUGGAGAGUAGCAUGCUGAGUGUUGCUAGUAUCACCUCGGAGAUUGCUGAUCGAGAUCAGGACUCCAGUAUCACCAGUAGUGAUCCAAUAUUUGAUCUUAUCAAACCAGUUGCCAAUGUUCUGUCAAUGACUUGUCUCAAGUACGCUGAGAAUUCAGCGAAUAAUAGUCUAUCCGAGUACCUUGAGAACAUAAAUCCACCUUCAUUGUUCAACGAGAUAAGUGAUAUCGAUGACACAACAAUCGAUGCUAAUACCGAUACAAUGUGCAGUGAUACACUCUGCAUUGAUGUUGAAUUGCACACUGAUGAGAUUAAUCCGAUUAUUGAUAGAAUUGAAGAGGUUGAUAAUGACACUGAUGAAGCUGCCACACCCAUAUCCACGGAGUACAGCCUCAGUAGUUCAGCUGAGUCAACACCCAAGAAGAGAUUAACAAGUAAAAAUCACUUGACACCCAAACAGAAGAGGCAAUUGGCGAAAGAGAGAUACAAGACGUAUACGAUUGCUGCUGAAUUGGUGAAAAAAGAGGAGGAGGAGAGGAGAAAGCAGAUGGGGGAGCACAAUCUUGUGAGCAGACCAAAAUUGUCACCAUUCUCGAAGCUGACACCAAAACAGAGGAGACAGGAAGAUCGAGCGAGAUUUCAAACUCAAGUUCUUGAGACACCACUUGCUGUUAAUCAGAUAAUUGCAGUUGAUGAGGAGAAGAGUAUCGAUACGGCGACAGUAACUCUUAAAACUGGAAUUCCAUCGUUCAGGAAUUUUACUGGGAGGAUUCGACAGGAGAGUAGGGGACGAUAUCGCACUAGGACAAUCGAUGAAUCACAACGGGAUCAGAGUAAUACUGAAGAGUCCCAGGAGGGAACGUCAGAGGAAAUGCAGACGAUGCUGGAGAAAAAUGCUAAUAUCGUUCUUCAUACACUCAGUGAAACUAAAACAGAUGAGUCACAUCUGGAUUACGAGACGAUUAGUUUAGUUUCUCAUGAGUCUGGUGCUGAGAUAAACCUCAAGAUGCGACUUGAGGAUGGAUUGGGUAGGAAUUUCUCGACUUUCGUGAAGAAGAAAAAUAGUCAGCCCUUGGAGAUGGAGAAGGAGACGUGGAGAGUUGAGGAAGUUAAAGCGAGUGAGGAUCAGCCAGAGGAGCAGGAUGAUCAAUCAUCAGAGGGUAGUGAAUCAGAGAGUGAGACUGGUGUGGCAGAGGCGAAAGAGCAGCCAAAAAGACCGAGAAUCACCAAGCCAGGGAGUCGAGAGACACCUGGAGAUAUUCAGGAUGAUAAGAUCGAAGUGGUCAGCCCGAAGGGCAUCAGGGGCAGGCGAAAAGCUCUUUAUUCCAAGCCGACGGUUAAAAAAAUCACUCCACAGUCGUCACCUUUGAAGCAAGGAGCUAGUGGGAUUCCCAUUGGACGGGCUAAUCCGUCUACAGUUGUUCGAGCAACUAGAGCAACAACUCUCAGACAAAGCACAAAUGCAAGCAACACGAAACACCUGGGGACUAAUAAGACACCAGUCAAUGCCAAAGCCCUGGCUUUAUCCAAGAGAAGUUCAAUUCCCCAACGUGGAUCUUCAUCAGCACCUGAGGAAACAGUUAAACGUCACAGCACACCUCCAGGAUGUCUCUCCAGUCCUGGAAGGAAAUGUGAUGGGAUCAAACCCCUGGAGCGACAAGGAACCUUCACCAAGGACGAGCCUGAAAUGGAAAAUACACCGAUGGUCAUAAAUUCACCCAGCAAAUCAAAAAUAGCUAAACCAACUCGUGGCUCACCAUCGCACGUACCAGUAAAAUCCAAAAUUUCAAUCAGAAAUUUUCAAUCUAAAUUGACAAAGUGCUCAAGUGCUGAUGGAAUACCCAGUCAAAAGGCAGGUGGAACAAAACGUCAGGCAGAUAUUGGAAAAAAUGGUGAACAAAUAAACGCACAAGGUGGAAGAAAAUUGGGUCAGAGAUCGAGUAGUAACUCGAGUAUAGUCUCAGCUGGUGGUUCCCAAAAAUUAACGAAAGAGGCGACGAGUAAAAUAGCUAGUCUGUGGAAGAAAGUUGAGGAGAGCAGAAAUAAACAGAGAUACGAUAAACCAGAUACAAGACAGUGGAUCACAGCUGAUAGUAAAACAGAUGGUGAUAUCCAUCAACUUCCAACGUUGAGGCUAUUCCGUAGCUCAACAUUUGAGGGUGUGCCAAAAGAGACUGGCAUCAAGAUGCCGAAUAAAUUGGUUAAAGUUGCUGAGAGAUCGUCAUACAGAAAUUCUUGUGAUUUGACGGACAUCGAUGCCAAUGGAUCAUGCAGAGUUGACAAAUCUGGGGAUAAAAGUGAUGGUAAAUGUGGAGGGGUAGUCCUCAGGAAGCAGAAGAGCGAGGGAUCUGAUGGUGAUGCCAAGAGGAUAUCUCGAUUGGGCUCUUUUUUCCGAGUUGAUUCGGAAAAUCAGAGUGGCACAUCACAAACUAAUGGUUCUCCUGCUGUUCCUUCAUUAAAUUACAAUCAGAAAUGUGAAAUCGGCAUCCCAACAGCAUCAUCCAAAGUCACAACUGUUUGAAGAUACUUUUAUAAUUUACUGUGAGACAUAAUUAAUUUUUUUUUCGUUGUGGCUAGUCAGUAUUGCCUCGUUUUGCCUAUCACAAAUUCAUUAUCUCUUUGGUUAUUUGUCCAUGAGUUAUUUUUCAGGUGGGAAUUCGCUACCUUUCAUCAUUUCUUCAUAUUAACAUACAUUUUUUAAUGUACAUAUGAUAACCGAAGAGAUUGGCGUUUGUUUACGCUUGAUUUAUUUAUUUUGCACUGUAUAUAACUGAUGGGAGUCAUACCUGGUAUUUUUUUUUUUUUUAUUUUGAAAUUAUCGUGAAAAGUUAUGGAGAGUUCUCAGUGGAUUUCACGUGAAUACGUUAAAAUAACUCUCAAGACUGAUAGUAGAAAAAAAAUGGCGAACAAAUGAUGGAACGUGAUGUGAAACAAUAGUUUGACAAUGAAAAACUCAUUGAAAUUAACGAGAGGUAUGAACUUUAGAUCCUCACGUUUUUUUCUUUUCAUUUUUUAAUUUAUAUUCUCGUAUUCUAGUGGUCUAAACAAAGAUAAUAAUAUAUGAGAGAACUUGCAUAAAAGAAUCCCAUCCCAAUUAACAUUUAGAGCGUCUAGUCUAUUUCGACGAAGAAAAAUUCAUCGGGAAUACAUAAUCUAUUUUUAGCAUUUACGAGUUCGUAAUGAAAUAAAAUUCUAAUGUAAGUGAACGAAGAGAAAAGCAUUAAUUCAAUGCUAUUUUCUUUGGUAAUAUUAAAAGUCUUGAAUAGUUAUUUUACUCGGAAAAUUAUAUGGCAAGUUCUGUCACUUGGAGUUUUCCAUUUGUUUAUUUUUUUCUUUUGCGUUGUUUUUUUUUUCUGGGAAUUUUCCACAGCAAAUGGAACCUUGCCUCCUGCUGCCAUGUGUACAUAUUUUCCUCAGUCUUUUCUGUAUUUUUUCGUUUCUUUUCACUUGAAAUCUCCUCUACUUCCCGCUGGAUUGAUGGAAGACGAGUAAAAGGAAGAAGUUUUGUGAAGUGAGUGCUUAGUACUAGAUUUUCGUUCAUUUCGUAUCAAUGCAUUUAUCACAGCCCCUCGUCUAGCCUGGGUUAAUUAAGUUUAACUCUUUUCACUAGAUAUUUAAAGGGGAGAUAUAAUUUUACCAUUUUUCCUGCUUCGGGGCAAUUAGAGCGUCCGCUUGUCUCUCUAACAUUUCAAAAUGUAACAGAUUUUCGCUCUUUUGUUAUGUUCGUAAGCUUCUGGGAAAUUUAAAUUUAAAUGAGUUGUAUAUUAUUGAAAAAUAAAAUUUAUAGCAAUACA